AUGGAUUGGGUCGAUCCCCUGCGCCAUCUGGCGCCGAUUUCCAAACACCCAGCUAAGGAGUCUACGGUGCUGUCCUCAGAGCUGUCCACCAUCUCGGACCAGGAGCUUGCCAGUCUCAAGGUGAACGUCAAGCUCGAUCGGUUCGGCCUCGCCAGCGCCAGACACAACCGCGCUGCGUGUAUCCUCGGAACCUUCUUCCAGUUUCUGGAGGACGACGGGCGCAAGGUCCUCGCAGCAGAGAUUCUGGCCUGGAUUGAUAUCGAGGACAAUUUGUUCGAGCUCGCCAACCACCUCGUGGCUGCAAUCCUGCUGCCGCUUAAGGCAUCUGGUGGCAAGGCGCCGCCACCUAUUAGUCGCCCAUCCAUCUUCGCCGAUGAAGAUAACGAGAUUGAACAAACUGUGGCGUUUAUCGAACCCUCCCGACGGGACCAGAUAAAGCUGAAGCGACAGUGUCUACGUUAUUUCGACCGUCGCUCUGUAAAGGACAAGGAGGUCACCUUACCUCAAAAGGCCAAGUGUGGUAGGACAGAAUGUACCCACAUUAUUCCAUUUGCCCUUGGGAAUUUCAACGAAAAAGAUUCCCUGGAGACCGAAAAUAAGGCUCUCAUCUGGUGGACACUUUAUCGAUACUUCCCGGCUCUACAAGGCAAAAUCGACCCCGCUAGCAUUAACCAACUUGGAAAUCUUUCAUUCUGGCCUCAAGAGGACGUCCUGCACUCGUAUGAGGCAAACUUGAUGGUACCGCAAUCCUGCAUCAAGUCGAAAUCGGGCUAUUCUAUAAUCUGCCUAGAACAGCACGAUGCCGACAUUCCGAUGCCAGACCCCGAGUGCUUCAAAGUGCAUCAUAUCAUAUCCCAGAUCCUCGAGACUCUUCGUGGAAUUUUAGCAAAGUCUCGAACCCCCGCUAACCUGGCUAAAGCAAAGGUGAGCCAGCCUGAGCAAAUCCUGAGCAGGGACUGGGAUGGGGUGCUUGCUUGGCGACCCGGGUGGAGAUCCAUUGGCUGA